AACCUGUCCUCACUUUUGCCACAGGUCUCUUCCAACAUCAUAACAGAGAUCGCGAAAUACAGGCUGCCAGUGCGCUCGAUAGCGAGUCGUCGGAGAAGAUGGCGUCCGUUUAGGUCAGCCCCUCACGCCGCCGCGCUCAUUACUGAGGGAUUUCUCACAUUACAGCGCUUUCAAGCGCAGGACUUGAAUAUGCGCUAUUUCGUCGCAGCUUCUCCGCCAGAGUCUCAGCAGUUAGCUACCAGAGCGCCGCAUUAAUGAAACCAAGGGGAAAGGCUUUAGUUCACGGGAUCAGCUAGCUAGCUAGUUAGCCUUAGUUUCAGAAGUGUUUUUUGUGUAUGUCGGUGGGUUUUCAUUUAUCUGCUCUUUGACUUGUGGCUUUCAGUAUGAGUUCUGGAAACUGACGGGUCUUUCUUGCCACGACCGUUUGUGUCAUCAGUGUUUUUUUUCCACUAUUUUUAUUUUUCUUCCUAACGCGGCUUAGCAAGUUAGCUAAAUGUCGGAUAAUCAGAGUUGGAAUUCUUCAGGCUCCGAGGAGGAUUUGGACACCGAGUCCGGGCAGCCUGUUGAGCUCGGUGGGAUCCUCAGCAAGUGGACCAAUUACAUCCACGGAUGGCAGGACCGAUGGGUAGUGUUGAAGAACAACACCUUGAGUUACUACAAAUCCGAGGACGAGCGGGAGUAUGGCUGCAGGGGGUCGCUGUGCCUCAGCAAGGCUGUCAUCACGCCCCACGAGUUCGACGAGUGCCGCUUCGACAUCAGCGUGAAUGACAGCGUGUGGUACCUCCGGGCCCAGGACCCAGAGCACCGGCAGCAGUGGAUCAACUCCAUCGAGCUCCACAAGGCGGAGUCGGGCUACGGUUCGGAGUCCAGCUUACGCCGCCAUGGCUCCAUGCUGUCCCUCACAUCUGCUGCAAGCGGCUACUCCGCUACCUCAACAUCGUCCUUCAAGAAAGGACACAGUUUACGCGAGAAGCUGGCAGAGAUGGAGACAUUCCGGGACAUUCUGUGCAGACAGGUGGAUACGCUGCAGAAAUACUUUGAUGCCUGCGCUGAUGGUGUGUCCAAAGACGAGUUCCAGAGAGAUAAAGUCGUGGAAGACGACGAGGACGACUUUCCGAACACUCGCCCAGAUGCGGACUUCCUGCACAACAACAAUGGCAGCAAGGAGAAACUGUUUCCGUCUGUGAGCCCCAAGGGAAUCAAUGGGAUCGAUUUCAAAGGGGAGGCGAUCACCUUCAAGGCCACCACCGCCGGGAUCCUGUCCACCCUCUCCCACUGCAUCGACCUCAUGAUGAAGCGGGAGGACAGCUGGCAGAAGAGGCUGGACAAGGAAAUGGAGAAGAGGAGACGGGUAGAGGAUGCCUACAAGAUCGCCAUGGCUGAGCUGAAGAAGAAAUCUCAUUUCGGAGGCCCCGAUUAUGAAGAAGGUCCAAAUAGCCUUAUCAAUGAAGACGAAUUUUUCGAUGCUGUUGAAGCUGCCCUCGACAGACAAGACAAGAUUGAGGAACAGACCCAGUCAGAAAAGUCCAGGAUACACCGGCCCGUCCCUGUCCCCUCUGGUGACAUCUACUCCACCAGCGGCACCCACCGAUUUGCCCAGAAGCCCUAUAGUCGCUCUCCCUCCAUGUCUUCCAUUGAUCUAGUCAGUCCCUCUGAUGUUCACAGAUUCAGCACGCAGGUGGAGGAGAUGGUGCAGAAUCACAUGACCUACUCUCUGCAGGAUGUGGGCGGGGACGCCAACUGGCAGCUGGUGGUCGAGGAGGGGGAGAUGAAGGUGUACAGGAGGGAGGUGGAGGAGAAUGGCAUAGUGCUGGACCCCCUGAAAGCCACUCACGCAGUGAAAGGUGUCACGGGCCACGAGGUCUGCCACUACUUCUGGGACACGGAGGUCCGGAAUGACUGGGAGACAACCAUCGAGAACUUCAACGUGGUGGAGACGCUGUCAGACAACGCGAUCAUCGUCUACCAGACGCACAAGAGGGUGUGGCCGGCCUCCCAGAGGGACGUUCUGUACUUGUCAGCAAUCCGUAAGAUCCUGGCCAACAACGAGAACGACCCCGACACGUGGCUGGUGUGCAACUUCUCUGUGGAUCACGACAGUGCCCCUCCCACCAACAGGUGUGUCCGUGCCAAAAUCAAUGUGGCCAUGAUCUGUCAGACCCUGGUCAGCCCACCAGAGGGCGACAAAGAGAUCAGCAGAGACAACAUCCUCUGCAAAAUCACCUACGUUGCUAAUGUGAACCCGGGCGGCUGGGCUCCAGCAUCUGUCCUCCGAGCAGUGGCUAAGAGGGAGUACCCCAAAUUCCUCAAACGCUUCACCUCCUACGUCCAGGAGAAGACAGCUGACAAGGCCAUCCUUUUCUGAGUCCUGCAGUGUCUCAGCACCGGCGGCAGGAAGGCCCCGCCUCUCCUCAUGCCACACGGAGAGAGAACGAGAGAGAGAGAGAAAGAGAGAGUCGAGGCUGAGCACACAUUCCGGGGCCCUGCACGCUCCACCCCGCCGCCCCCCUCCCCUCCCUCCCCUCAGCCUCUCUCCAGACUGUUCAGAGCUGUCGCUGCCGUAGCGCCCAACACUACCCGCACCCUCCAGCCAGCUACGGCCCGCUCAGACCACCCCCCAGCUCCUGGCCUGGAGCUGGACCCAA